CCUUGUUUCUACUGACGAUCUGCAAUUUUCCGCUUGAUCUAUUGCCGCAUAAACCCCGACCCUCUCUCUGUACACUCACUUGUCUUUCCAGUCGCCAGGUACGAUUUCGUGUUGGGGCUUAUGGAUCCGGUGAUUGACCCAGCCUGCCUCUUUCGACCGGGGAAGAGGCGAAAGUUCCAGCGACGCCGGCCGGAGAGCACCGAUGAGGAGCCCCAACUUACCACAGAAGGGGCUGCUCGUAUCUCUGAGUCAUCUACGCCUUCACCGUGGCAGGAAUCUUCAGGUUUUAUAUCCCCGUCAGAGGUCCUUCGUUCGCGACGGCUUCACCGAGCUCGAAAGGGCGGCAUCGAGUUCUCCGCUACCGCGCCGUCGUCGGCAGGUAAUAGACAAGCUACCGUCUCAACUGUGGCGGCGGAGGAUCUGGACAGUGAAAGAAUGCGAGCAAUGUGUGAUCGGUUCACCGCGCAUACUGGCCAGACGGUGGAUGUCGACAAGCAUAUGAUGGCCUAUAUAGAGUCUGAAAUGGCUAAGCGACACCGGCGCAAUAUGUCAGCCGAAGUUGCGACUGUCGAUACACCCCAAAAGCCGGAACCGGACACCACUACUUUAUCUUCCACCGACCUUCCACAACGCGAACCGGCCUCUUUAGGGAAGCUACACGAGAUCGAUCUGGGUCACGAGGCCAAAUUACAGAACAUUGCUCGUACAGAAGCGGCAACUAGAAGGCUUGCGGGGGAUGAUGACCAAAUCCUCAUCGCCGGUCAGGAGUCCAGCUCUAAGAUGGACCCUGGAGGCGGGGAUCAUAGACCAUGGCGCAACCAGAAACGGCGAACAAGCGAGGAUAUUGAACGAGAUCGGCUGGUGGAGGAAGUUCUGCGGGAGAGUAAAUUGGACGUCUACGAGGGACCCGAAGUCGAGGAAGGAUAUGACGCAGGAGGUGGAGAUGGACAAGCGGCCGACGAUAGGGUGGCAGAGCAAUUCAGAAGAGACUUUCUCGAUGCUAUUCAAUCACGACGUCGUGUUGCACGAACGAAGAACACGAAGGCGGCCAAGCCCGAUGCUCCGCGAGGGCCGAAACUGGGAGGCAGCAGGAGUGCGAGAGCUGCGAUGCGGGAGAUGCAAGAGAGGUCUGGCCGGAAAUGAGCAUUUGGGCGUGGUGGUGUUUAUGUAAGGACUUCGGGGGUGCGACUUGGGUGAAAGGAGCGACUGUUAAGUAUUUCCUGAUGAAAUAAGUCUGGAAAGUCGGUUUUAAUGAAUGAUGGGAGUGGCAGGAAAAGAAAGAUGACUCGAGAAUGACUGGUAUUCUCGGUCGGGGCGCUUUGGAUAUCUAUUAAGGUAGUGUACGCGGCAGUAGUGGAGAAUACCAGAAUUUCUCACCUCUUCCCCG